CGAGAUGACCUCUACUCUUGGCAAAGGAAAAGGACCCGCAACGAACGGCACUGUGGCAUACGAACUUCCCUGGGUCGAGAAGUAUCGACCUAAGGUUUUGGACGACGUCGUCGGCAACAUCGAGACUAUAGAGCGGUUGAAAGUUAUAGCACGGGAUGGAAACUGCCCUCAUAUCAUCAUCUCUGGCAUGCCUGGCAUAGGCAAAACAACCAGCAUACACUGUCUGGCACAUCAACUGCUGGGGAAUGCUUACAAGGAAGGGGUGUUGGAGCUCAAUGCGUCGGAUGAAAGAGGCAUCGAGGUUGUGCGGAAUAAGAUCAAGACUUUCGCCCAGAAGAAAGUAACAUUACCCCCUGGUCGACACAAGAUCGUGAUACUUGACGAGGCAGACAGCAUGACCGCUGGUGCUCAGCAGGCGCUACGACGUACAAUGGAGAUAUACGCGAACACAACACGCUUCUGCUUGGCAUGUAACAUGUCGAACAAGAUCAUCGAACCUAUUCAGAGUCGUUGCGCGAUUCUCAGGUAUUCAAAGCUGCGAGACACGGAACUACUCAAACGUCUACUCGAAAUCUGCGAACUAGAGAAGGUCAAAUAUAACGAUGACGGUCUCACCGCACUCAUAUUCACCUCCGAAGGGGACAUGCGGCAAGCAAUCAACAACCUACAAUCGACUUGGUCGGGAUUUGGAUUUGUGUCUGGCGACAAUGUGUUCAAGGUCUGCGACCAGCCUCACCCGAUCACCGUACAAACCAUCAUCCGGGCAUGCCAAAAGAGUGACCUUGACACGGCCAUGGAAAAGCUGAACGAUCUAUGGGAGCAGGGGUACAGUGCUGUGGAUAUUGUCGUGACUAUUUUCAGGGUGGUGAAGACCAUGGACGAUCUUCCGGAAUAUACUGAGCUGGAGUAUAUUAAGGAAAUCGGCUUCACGCAUAUGCGCAUUCUCGAAGGGGUGGGAACAAUUAUCCAGCUUGGUGGAUUGAUAGCUCGUCUGAGCAAAAUGAACAUGAGGCCGCAACUAUUUCAAACCUAA